ACUCGAUAAACGUCUGAGUACUCAAAGAGGCAUUCAUUUUACAUCACUAUUAUGAGCGUUACACCCGAAUCCAGGCCCCGUAUCGUGGCCAUCUCGUUAAAAUAUAAGUCUUUUUUUGACGAGACAUACGCAAGAUUAUUCACUCAACUUCUUGAGAAGGCAAGUGUCCAACGGGCCAAAAAGCCGGCCAGCGCCCUCGACCUCUUGCAACAGCAACCGCCCCCCGUCGCCGUGCUCAUUACGGACCAAGGCCUCACCGAAGGGUAUCCCGACGUAUGGGAUGCCGUCAUCGCUUACGUUCGCCAGGGCGGAACCGCCAUCGCUAUGGCCGGCUUAGCCUGGGACAGUGGUGCCUACCACCGAACCACCGUCGCACUCAACCCACAGGUAGCAGGCAGCGCUGCGGCAAAACUUCCGGGCCGGUACAGCCAGAAGGCCCUGUUUCUAAAGGGAGUGCAUUCGACUGCGGUCAUGUACGGACCCGACCAGACCUCCGUCACCGAAUCGCUUGUCUUCCCUUCUGAGAGAGUUGGAGAUGUGACGCAGGCUGCAAUCUCUUUCGCGAAAGUUGGCGACGGCAAGAUUGGAUAUGUCGGAGACGUGAACGUCGAAGAGGGAACGGACGCUGCUAUAUUGGCCAUGUGUGGUUUACUGGUCUAA